AAACUAAAUUACCCUAGAAAAAUAUACACACAAAGCCGAGACAAAGUUGAAAAGCUGAAAAUGGCUCAGUGCGUGUGGACAAACUUAAACCCUCUCCCAUCCCCUCUAAGCUCUAAAAUCCUAACUCAGAAUCCCUUAUUCUCAACAAUCUCUUCCUUUGAAGCAAAACCCAAUGCCAGAAAGUACCCCAAAAUUCUCCUUUCGGUUAAGUCCAGCCAGGGACAACACGACAUUCGAACGGCAUCUCUCGAUGCUAUGCUCAACUCUGGUCGCAAAGAAGAAGUUUUUGGCUCCAUAAAAGGCUCACUUCACAAUUGUCUUUCGGAGACUAAUCUUCAAUCAACAGUCCCUGGUCUCAAAUCCAAAACCAGAGGAAAGGUUAGAGACAUUUAUGAUACUGGGGAUUAUCUAGUUUUGGUUACUACUGAUCGUCAGAGUGCUUUUGAUAGGAUUAUUGCCUCUAUUCCCUUCAAGGGCCAGGUUCUUAAUGAGACGAGUUUGUGGUGGUUCAAUAGAACUCAAGACAUAGUUCCUAAUGCGGUUGUCUCAGUACCAGAUAAAAAUGUUACAAUUGCCAAGAAAUGUUCUGUCUUUCCCGUUGAAUUUGUUGUUAGGGGGUUUGUGACCGGAAGUACUGAAACAUCACUCUGGACAGUUUACAGAAGUGGAGUUCGGAAUUACUGUGGAAAUGUACUUCCAGAUGGGUUGGUAAAAAAUCAAAAGUUAUCUGCAAACAUACUCACACCAACAACUAAGGCUGAAGAUCAUGAUGUUCCUGUAACUCCUGAAGAGAUUAUUGAAAGAGGAUUGAUGACCCAAGCUGAAUUUGAUGAAGCAAGAGAAAAAGCUUUAAGUUUGUUUGAAUAUCGACAGCAUGUGGCUUUGGUGCAUGGCCUGAUUUUGGUUGAUACAAAAUAUGAAUUUGGAAAGAGUAGUGAUGGUUCAAUUCUAUUGAUUGACGAGGUGCAUACACCUGACUCAAGUCGCUACUGGAUUGGCAAUUCUUACGUGGAUCAUUUUCAUAAUGGUCUUGAACCUCAAAAUGUUGACAAGGAGUUCUUGAGAUUAUGGUUUAGAGAGAACUGUAAUCCCUAUGAAGACAAGGUGCUUCCUGAUGCCCCUGAAGAACUUGUCUGCGAGCUUGCUUGGCGAUACAUUUUCUUAUACGAGUCGAUAACAAAAUCAAGAUUCGAUAUGCCAUUAACGGAGGAGCCAAUACAUGAUCGGAUCUCGCGAAAUGUUUCUUCAGCAUUAUCAUCUUUGCAGUAACUGAAGAAGAUUGGACAAGAUCUCAUGAUCCACCUUUGAUAGUGGCUAUAGUGAAACUUUGAAUGAAUUAUUAAUAGUUUAAAUGUUUUUCAGCUGUGAUUUUCUGGUGGCAGAUGAAUUUGGGGGUGGAAAACAAGAUGGACUGCUCCGAUGUAAUGGCAUUGCACACUUAUAUUGAUUCUAAAUCCAUAAUAAUUAGCACCACCAUUUCAAUGAAUUCAAAGGAGAAUGACAUUUUUGUCAUUG